GAAAAAACACUAGUACGUAAAGGCUCAAUUCGUUUGCAGAACCACUCAUGGCUUCACUCAUUCUCUUCAACCUCGCGGGUCCAUGAGUUCGAGGCUAAACCCACCUCCAUCUUCAACCGAUAUGUCCAAAUGGCUAACCAUGAUUCGCAGACACGCUUCAGACGCCAACCCUUUUCAUGCAAUCUCUUUCUUUAAAGCCAUUCCGAGAAAUCAACGUGAGAAUGCCCCACUUGAUGAUCACUUCAUAUAUGCUUCCUUGAUCAAAGCUUGUAACAGACUGUCUGCAAUUCGUGAAGGACGAUCGAUACACUGUCAUGUUCUAAGGUUUGGGUUGGACUACAAUGUUAAUGUGCUGAAUGCUCUUGUUUAUCUUUAUUCGAGUGCGGAGAAGUCGAUGGGCUGUGCUUGUGCUCUGUUUGAUAAAAUUCCUGACAAAACGGUUGUUACAGUUAACUGUAUGAUAUCUGGGUUUGUGAAGAACAAGCGCUUUGAUGCGGGUGUGGGCUUGUUUAAUCGAGUUCUGGGAGGUGGUUUUGAUUUGAGAGUGAAACCAAAUUAUGUUACUUUGGUGAUUUUGAUUUCUGGGUGCGUUGAGUUUGGGAGAUUUAGCAUUGGGAAUUCCCUGCAUUGUUAUUGUUGCAAAACGAGAUUGGAUUUAAAGAAUGAGGUCCGUAAUGCGCUUAUCCAUUUAUAUGCGGAAUUUGAAUAUAUGGAUGAUGCUGCUAAGCUGUUUCAUGAAACGAACGUGAGGGAUUUGGUUUCUUGGAACACUAUGAUUGCAGGGUAUGCUAAGAAUAAUGACUGUAGAAAUGCCUUUUCCUUGUUUAGAGAAAUGAGAGUUGGGAAUGUUGAAUGUGAUAGAGUAUCUCUGGUUAGCUUGAUUUCAGCAUGUACUAAUAGUAGAGAUCUCCACAUGGGGAAAGCGGUUCAUGCAUAUAUAAAAGUAAGUGGAAUGGAGAUGAUGAUUCAUUUUGAGACUGCAUUGAUCAACAUGUAUUCCAAAUGUGGAUCCAUAGAGUUAGGUAGAAAAGUUUUUGAUGAACUAGCAGAUGAAAAUAUUGCAUCUUGGAACUCCAUGAUAUAUGGGUAUGUUGAGUGUGGGUUUAAUAUUGAGGCUUUGAGUCUCUGGAAUGUUAUUCAGUCUAGAAAGAUAAAACCAGAUGAAGUGACAAUGCUAGGAUUGAUAUCAGCUUGCCGGAGUUCAGGAGAUUUGCAUCAGGGAAUUCAAAUAAAUUCUUAUAUAGAGAGCAGUGAUCAUCUUAGUGGGAGUACAGUCCUCUGCAAUGCUCUUAUUGAUAUGUAUGCAAAAUGUGGGAGUAUGGAUCAAGCUGAAACUGUUUUUAGUAAGAUGCCCAGAAGAGAUGUUAUCUCUUGGACUUCAAUCAUAGUAGGUUAUGCAAUCAAUGGUGAAGGAGAGGAAGCCCUUCUUGCUUUUCGGAAAAUGGGUGCUGAGAAAAUUGAACCAAACUCUGUCACAUUUCUUGGAGUCCUGUCAGCAUGUGACCAUGCUGGCUUGGUUGACAAAGGCAAAAACUUGUACAAUAUUAUGUGUAAGUACUACCACAUAGAGCCAAAGAUUGAGCACUGUGGAUGCAUGGUUGAUAUGCAUGCAAGAGCUGGAAUGCUAGAAGAGGCCUACAAGUUUGUCAAGGACAUGCCAGUAGAGCCAAAUGCAGUUGUUUGGAGGAUGUUAAUUAAUGCUUGUAGAGUUUAUGGAGAUUUUAAUUUGGGGUUGAACUUAGUGAGUGGGCUCAUUGAUGUAAAGGCAGUACAUGGUCCCGAAGAUCAUGUUAUUUCCUCAAACAUUUUUGCUGAAGCAGGAAGAUGGGAUGAUGUUUUACAAGAAAGAAGUUUGAUGGUAGCCCAAAAAGCUGUAAAACUACCAGGAAAAAGCUCAAUUGCAGACUCACUUGAGUGACUUCAUUGUGUGAGGUUUAAGGCAUCUUGAGGUUUGUGUGGAAGAAACGUUCAUUUGGGAAUGCAAACCUGAGCAGCGUCAUCAUCAAUCAUAUUUGAUUCCUGGCUGAGAUUGCCUUCCUUGUCUGCCAUACUAAUAAAUCUGGUCUUGUUCCAUAUUUCCAAUCAUGCUAGGCACGGUUCUUCAAUAUUGGAUCUCCCCAUCUUUAGGAUUUGUAUCUUAGAAGUUUUUAUCAUUCAAUGUAUAACCAAAAUGUUAUCCAUUGAUACUGACCCAAUUAUGAUGUUUGUUACUUUGAACAGAUACAAAUUGUCCAGCUUGAUCAUUAUAUUUCUACUUAUCCUUCCAGGAUUGCUCCUAUGUUCCAGCAAUUUCAGUCGAUAGCAGAAUGGGUGGCCCUUCGAAUAAUGUAGUUGUUCCCUUUUGUUCUAUCAAUGUAUUUGUUCUGGGCUAUGCUGUAGUUGGUCCCUUUUUUGUAUCAAUGCAUUUGUUACCAACUA